GUGCGGUUUUCCUCGCGCCUUUCCAAGAUCGAGUUCGAGGAUGUCGUACCACCGAUCUGGCAGGACAAGGCGGCGCCUACCACAGGAAGAAGUGCACUCUGGGCAUGGAGAAGGUGUAGUAGACGAUACGGUAUAUUUGCUCGCGGGCAGUGGGCAGCGUGGAUGUGGCGACGGCCGCGCGGCAUCAGCUUCGUUCAACGCUCCAACCGACAUGUGUUGCUUAGGCGACGAUUUCGGCACGCUUGUCGUGUCAGAUUCGCAGAACAACACGCUUCGAUUCCUCGUCCCGCCGUCUUCGUCAUUCAAUGGGGACAACGACACUGAGCCCCGCGUACAAUCCCUUCGUCACGCACGCUUCUCAUCGCCGCGCGGCCUUGCUGUCACGUCAUCUUGGGACCGCACAUACCUCCUUGUGUGUGACUCGGGUCACCAUUCCAUCCAAUGGGGCCAGUUGCCGUCGACAUGUCCACUGGACGAAAUGGCCUUUGACACGUUUGCCGGCACCGGAUUUCGCGGUCAUCACGACGGCCCAGCCGACACGGCGACGUUCCACCAUCCAUGUGGCAUUUGUGUGGAUGACACUGAAACGGUGUACGUUGUGGACACGGGCAACCAUUGCAUUCGUGAGAUUCGACGAAUCAAGAAACACGUCACCAGCUCCAGAUCUGGCAAGUCCACUCACCAUUGGGUCGUGUCUACCAUCGCGGGAUGUAGUGGCAGCGGGGGGAUUAGAUACAAGGCGGUCGUCAAGAACGAGCGGGGCCGCGUGUCCAAUCACGCGUCGGGGUAUGCCGACGGACCAGGGGACAGAGCGAGGUUUCGAGCCCCGACGGGCAUAUGCAUGGGCCAGGGAUCAGGCGAGCUGCUUGUGGCAGACACAUUCAACCACUGCAUUCGCGUCGUGUGUCGAAGCAACGCUUUGAAUGCAUGGACCGUGCAUACAAUAGCAGGGGGGAUUCAAAGCGGGCAUCUCGAUGGCGGAUGCGACGCCGCCAUGUUCAAUCAACCCGUGGGCAUUUGUCGAGCAGGGGACAGUUCGUUGUUCGUCGCGGACAAGGGCAACCACUGUAUUCGCCACAUUGGAGGGUGGAUUGGCAAACUCAAGUACUCUUGGGUCCGCACGAUUUCGGUGGGGGACUUGGCGCCCAGUUGGCGGUUCUCCAAAGGCGUGGAACCUCCAUUUUUGCUACCCAAGGGCCUCACGGUCCUGCCACCGCGCCAUCGUUGGUACUCUCCAAGUCAACACAAUCACCACGAGAACAACAACAAAAGUGCCCCCCAACACGUGGUGGUCGGUGUUUGUGACACUGGCAAUCACCUCGUGCGCGUGGUAUCGCUUGAAAUAGAAGAUUCAACGACUUUCGACAACAGCAACGCUGAACGUCAACCGAAGUACGUUGGGGUGUCGACAACCCCUUCAGCCACCGCGCAGGUCGACUGGCAGGAUCAAGAUGUGUGGCUAGUGGCCACACCUGUGCCACAGUCUCCGCCUUUAUCGCACAACCAAGCGACGGACGAACUUGAGCGCUUGCGCCAAGAGAACCAUCGCCUUCGUCUAGAAAACGCGGCCAUUCACGAAACGCUGGCUACAGCCGCAGAUUCGAUUGAACACUUGACAAGACUCUUGACUGGACGGACAGCGUUGACAUUAUAGCUCAUUCGUCAGCCAUACCUCGUGCACUACAGUAUACCCAGCCAAAACGUCAUUUUCAACGAUCAUUUUGAGUUCCCAAGGAAUCUAGCGGUGCCUAGAUUAACCUGUAAGAGCUGUCGUCCUAUUCGCAGUGCUGGCAGGUGGUGCUACGUGGUGAGCUUUCGCUUGUUCGAGGAUCUCAAUCACUCGCGCGGCAUCUUCUGCACGCACUGGCGCCGGUGUGCCAUGUUGAAUGGCAUCUGCCACUCCUUUAUAGUACGCCACGUAGUUGCCUCGCUGACUCGGGACUCGCUCGCCAGCGUUAGGUCCCUUCGUCCACGUGCCCCACAAACUUUCGUCUUCCACGCCAAACGUUGGAUCAGUCGCAGGACUGCCGCCGAUGCGCAAGGAUGCUUCCUGUGCG